UUUCAUUUAGUCUUUCUCAAAUCUUGAACUUCUCCAAGCAAUGGAGGAGACAGCAUCAGCUCUUGACUUGUCCGAAAACUACGCCAAGAUCAACCAAGACAACGUGUUCCGAACUGAUGCAAAACACGACGAAAUGAAGAAGCUCAUGUUAGCUGAUGAGGACAACUUCAGGAAUAAAACUAUAAACUCUAAGAUCAAAAGGAGAAGCCUUGAUCUGAUCAGCAACAAAGAUACCUCAAAAAUCACACCUUUGUGCAAAGCUAAGUCGUUUAGCUCUCAUUUCGUCGCUGAAAUGUUUGAUGAACAAUGCUCAGACAAUCCUCCCACCAAUGAGAAAAGAGGACUCCUCUCACUUUAUCAGUCCAAUUCAUCCUCAUCCCUUCAUGGCCUUCCUGAUGUUACAAUAUCAGAUAGAGUUGAGGCAGCAUUGGGAAUUUCUCUCAAGUUUAAAGAUGUGAAUUACAAUGUGAGGUUGAAUAGCUCAAAGAUAGUGGAGAAACACAUUGUGCAAGGUGUGAGUGGUUCGGUUUUUCCAGGCGAAGUUCUUGCUCUGAUGGGGCCUUCUGGAGGUGGCAAAACUACUCUGCUGAAUCUGCUGAGUGGGAGAGUGAAAUGUGAUGGCGGAAUCAUAACUUACAAUGAUCGGUUAUACACUAAAUCGUUGAAACGAAGGAUUGGAUUUGUGCUGCAAGAUGACACUGUGUUCCCACACUUAACUGUGAAGGAGACGCUAACUUACUCUGCGUUGCUUCGCCUUCCCAACUCGCUGUCAAACCAGCAGAAAACUGAGAGAGCAAUGGAUGUGCUCUCACAGCUUGGUCUAGAGAAGUGCCAAAACACAAUGGUUGGUGGGAAUAAGGUUGUGAGAGGAGUUUCUGGAGGUGAGAAAAGGAGAGUGUGCAUUGGCAAUGAGAUUCUUCUCAAUCCAUCACUUCUGUUCCUUGAUGAACCUACGUCCGGAUUAGACUCCACGACCGCCCUUCGUAUCGUUCAGAUGCUCCAAGACAUUGCUCAGGGUGGGAAGACAGUGAUUACCACAAUCCAUCAGCCCUCGAGCCGGCUGUUUAGCAUAUUCGACAAGCUGAUACUGCUGAGCAAUGGGUGCUCGUUGUACUUUGGGAAGGCGUCCGAUGCAAUGAGGUACUUCUCAUCCAUCGGGUGCUUGCCACUUAUCGCGAUGAAUCCAGCCGAAUUCUUGAUUGAUCUUGCAAGUGGAAAUGUCAAAGACAAAUCCAUCCCUUCAGAACUACAAGACAAGUUCCUCCCUUCUGAUGUGCAUAAGUAUCUAUUAGGGGCUUAUGAGUCGAAGACGAUGAAACUAGACGAGAUCACAACGCUCAAUUACCACAAGCCCGGGAGGCGCAGCAACAUGAGUGAUGCAGGAGAAUGUGGGGCAUCUUGGAUUGCACAGUUUUGCAUUCUCUUCCGAAGAGGCCUAAAGGAGAGGCGACACGAGUACUUGAGCAGCCUUCGCGUGACUCAAGUCAUAUCCACCGCUGUCAUCACUGGCUCAAUCUGGUGGAAUUCCAAUGCAACAACAUCUUCUCCCCAUAGGCCUCAAGAUCAAGCAGGGCUAUUGUUCUUCAUCUCUGUGUAUUGGGCUUUCUCCCCUGUAUUCACAGCCAUAUUAACAUUCCCACUCGAAAGGGCAAUGCUGUCCAAGGAGAGAUCAGUGGGGAUGUACAAGGUGAGCGCGUAUUUGGUAGCUAGAAACGCAAGUGAUCUGCCUUUAGACCUCCUCCUGUCCGUUGUGUUCCUCACGAUAAUCUACUUCAUGGUGGGACUCAAGCACACUUUCGCGGCAUUUUCUCUAACUCUCCUCUCCAUCUUCCUCAGCACCAUUGCUGCUCAGGGGCUAGGACUAAGUAUAGGUGCAGCAUUCAUGGAUGUGAAGAAGGCAACAACUUUGGCUUCUGUCACAGUUAUGACAUUCAUGCUAUCUGGUGGCUUCUUCAUCACUAGAGUCCCGAGGUUCAUGCGUUGGGUACGAUACCUAUCGUUGAAUUAUCACACGUAUAAGCUGCUGCUGAGGAUACAGUAUGGGAGUGGAGAGGUAGGAGGAGGAAUGGAGGUUGGAGCAAUGGUUGUGAUGAUUGUAGGAUACAGAUUGCUAACUUAUGUUUUGCUUAGGAGAAUGAGUUUAGCACCUACUUAAUUAUUUAUAUAUCUCCUAUUUUGCUUUCUA